CUCAUUGUUAUACCAAUUUAAAAAUUUCAGUUACUUAACACUUUUUUUAAAUUUUUGUUAUCAAAAUUUUUUGUUAACUAAAUUAUAAGUACUAUUAUCAAUUAAUUAUAGUCUUCAAUCUCUCUUUGCACGAAAAUGGAAUAUAAUCGAGCUGGAAGUUGUGACAGGAGGGAAUGUAUCUCCAUCCACAUUGGUCAGGCUGGAGUCCAGAUUGCCAAUCCCUGCUGGGAGCUCUACUGCAUGGAACAUGGUAUUGACAAGGAUGGUAAACCUACACUGAAAAAUGACAAGGUCUCCGGUGACAUAACCUGUAGAUCUGGCUGUGAUGCAUUUUUCUCCAUCACAGAGAAUCACAGAUAUGUCCCUCGAGCUAUCCUUGCUGAUCUGGAGCCAACUGUCAUAGAUGAGGUCCGCACAGGUCCGUACAAAGCACUGUACCAUCCGGAGCAGUUACUCAGUGGCAAGGAGGAUGCAGCUAGCAACUACGCUCGCUGCCACAACACCAUCGGCCAACCCAUGAGGGACGCCAUCAUGCAUCGCAUCAGCAAGAUGACAGAGAGCUGUGACGGUCUACAGGGGUUCUUUGUUUACCACUCCUUAGGAGGAGGCACCGGCACUGGUCUGACUGCUCUACUACUCCAACAGCUAGCAGCUGAAUACCCUAAGAAGAGCCGACUUGAGUUCUUGGUCUACCCCUCACCUAAGGUCAGCAGUUCAAUAGUGGAGCCUUACAACAGUGUCCUCAUGACACACGAGUGCAUGGACUAUGCUGAUUGCUCCUUCAUAGUGGACAAUGAGGCUCUCUACGACAUAUGUACAGAGAAGUUGGACAUCGAGAGACCAUCGUUUUCCAACCUCAACCGCAUCAUCGGUCAGGCGAUAUCUGCUGUAACGGCUUCAAUGAGGUUUAACGGAGCCUUGAACGUGGACAUGAACGAGUUCCAAACCAACCUUGUACCAUACCCUAGGAUCCACUUUCCUCUCAUCGCCUACGCACCGCUCAGCUCCAAGAACCGAUCGUCCCAUGAGAAUUUCUCAGUCAGUGACAUAACCACAUCCUGCUUUGACACCUCCAAUCAGCUGGUAAAGUGUGAUCCAAGAAAGGGCAAAUACAUGGCGUGCUGUAUGCUCUUUAGAGGGGAUGUGGCCCCCAAGGAUGUCAACUCUUCUAUUGCGAUGUUGAAAAAUAAAAAGACCAUCAGCUUUGUAGACUGGUGUCCAACUGGAUUCAAGGUUGGGAUAACUUAUCAAACCCCUUUGAUGCCUGUAAAUAGUGACUUAUCACUUACCAAGAGAGCUGUGUGUAUGUUGUCUAACACCACAGCCAUUGCUGAGGCUUGGAGGAAGCUGGACAAGAAGUUUGAUUUGAUGUGGGCGAAAAAAGCAUUUGUACAUUGGUACACUAGCGAAGGCAUGGGAGACGAGGAGUUCAUAGAAGCUAGAGAUGAUCUCGCAGUUUUGGAGUCUGACUAUCUAGAAGUAAAUAAAAGUUUGGAUGACUGUGAUUACAAUAACAAUGAACAUUGAAAUCUAUAUCCAAGGGAGAACUAUUUUUGUAUCCACAAAGUUAAAAUAAAAUAUAUAAAGUUA